UCCCCCCUCCCACCUGGUACCUGGGCCUCGUUAUCCGGAGAACGGGCGUCACUCCCCGUCCGGGUGAUCCGACCCCACAGGACAGGCGGAUGGACAACAUGCCUGUUGCAAAGUGAACUGUCUGGCGGUUGGUGACGACAUCGAGUCGGCCUGCGGCCUGUCAUGUCUGAGGAGAGCGCGCCGCUCAUCGGACCCGCUCUGCCGCCCGGCUACAGGGCGCGGGGGCAGCACCCGCAGCCCGACCCCGACCCCGACCCCGACCCCGACCACCGGCGCCGGCCGAGGGCGGAGCUCGAUGACACAGUUGCAGGACCAGCAUUACCUCCAGGAUUUCGGUCGAGCAAAAGCUCAGAGAGUUCAGAUGACGAUGAAGUCCACUAUGCCAGUGAAGGGAGGAAAAGCUCAGCCCAAGAGCUGAGGAAAUCUGACAGAGUAGUAAUGGAGGAGCGUAAUGGCACGUCAAGAUCCAGAUGCAAGCAGUCUGCUUCUUCCCAGUUUGAAGAUAACAGUGAUGGAUUCUUUGGUCCUGCUCUCCCCCCUGGAUUUCCAAAAAGAGCACAGUCACCUGACCGUCCUUUAAUAGGCCCUGCACUACCACCUGGCUUCAGCAAGUCGGACAAAGAAACAGAACUAGCUGUACCUUCAACUUUAAAUAUGCUGCCUCCAGAUGAAGGCAGUGAUGAAGAGACUCUGAUUGGCCCAGUGCCCUCAAUGGGGACAGUUGAAAGCUGUGCAGCGGCAGAUAUUGAGCGAAGGUCGAACAGAAUGAAGGAAAAGCUGGUAUCUGGGAACAGGGGUGAGACUCAGAAGCAAGGCAGGGAGUCUUGGAUGACUGAGCUUCCACCGGUGUUACAACAUAUAGGCCUGGGUGCAAGAACAUUUAAGAAGUGUGCAAAUGGAGAAUCGUCUGACCGCUCCAUCUGGACAGACACUCCGGCUGACAGGGAAAGGAAAGCUCAGGAAAUGUUAGAAGCAAAAGUGUCCUCUGGGAAAGAUCCUGAACAGGCCUGUGUCUCUGAAAGGGAUAAACGACUGAACAUGGAGGUGGCAUUAUAUAAUAAAUCCACACGAUCGGAGUCCCUUCUGGACAUGCACAGCAGGAAACUGAAAAGAAAAGCAGAAGCUGAGAAGAACAGACCGCAGGAGCGGCGGCCAUUUGACCGCGACCAGGACCUUCAGGUUCACCGGUUCGAUGAGGCCCAGAAGAAUGCUUUAAUCAAGAAGUCUAAGGAGCUAAACUCCAGGUUUUCACAUGGAAAAAGCAACAUGUUUCUGUAAAAAUAAUAUUAGCAGCAAAUUGCAGAUUUAGAUCAACUAUCGUCGGUCCAUAGUUUAAUUCUGUUGUGAUAUUUUUUGUUUGGCAUAUUGGUUCAAACUGGCAUGUAUGAGUGGCAGAUCUCUUGUAAUAAAGUGUUCUUUGUUUAAUAAUUUUAAUUAAUUAAAAUAAAAGUAAACUGAUUUUUAUUCAUGUUUGAUAAUCAGCGAUUACACCUUUUUUUUAUCUGCUAUGGUCAGGUACCUCUCCAGCCUAACAAAUCCAUUCAAAAUAAGUUCAAAAUAAUAACAGAUCUGUUACUAUAUACUACCUUGAGAUUCAUUUUUUUGCAGGCAUUUACGGAUUACAAAAUACAACAGAAUUUAUGAAAAUAUAUACAUAAACAUACAAAGAAAAUGUGCAGAGACAGGCUGUGCAUAUAGAAAUAAUACUGAGAACGUGAGUUCUAAAGGGUCCUUAAAAGUGACUCCAGGUCGUAGAAUCAGUUCAGAGUAGUCACAAAUGAAGUUAUCCAUGCCAGUUCAAGGGCCUGAUGAUUGUGUAGGCUAAUAACCGUUCCUGACACAGGUAGUGUGGGACCUAAGGUUUCUGUACCUCCUGCUGGAUGGUAGUGGUGAGAAGAGCACAUGGCCUGGAUGUGGGGGCCUUUGAUGAACACUGCUUCCUUGCAGCCGUACUCCGUGUCAUCAUACUCAGUGGUAGGGAGGGCUUCACCUGUGACGGACUGGAUUGUAUCCACCACUCUCUCUAGCCUAUCCUACUCCUGGGCAUUGAUGCAACCAGUUAGGAUACUCUCUGUUGCACAUCUAUAGAACUUGGACAUUUUUCGGAUGUGCAAAGGAAAUGAGUCUAGAAUGAUUAAGGAACUUUUACUAGCAAUAGAAUGUAGGAAAUAAGAAUAAGGAUGCCUUGAAGAGAUGAGCUGAUGUCAGGACAUAAAUUGGAUUGGAUUUAUGUGAAGUUGCACAUUCAGCCCUGGGUUUUGAUGGGAAACGGAAGCUGCUCAACUGGCUGAGUCACUCCAGCUGUUUGUUUGUUGUUACCUUCUCUUGUCCAGGUAUUCCGAUGACCUCUUGCAGCCAUGAUGUUUAUGUUAUUUUCUGGUUAUUGAUGAAAUGCGAAUCUCAAAUGUCUGAGAACCUUUUUGUGCAAGUCUCAAUGGAGGGGAACCAGUGGAUGUAUUUGGACUUCCUGAAGCCUCAGGAAAGCAAAGUCACAAAAUGCUGGAAGAAUUCAGCAGGUCAGGCAGCAUCUAUGGAAAUGAAUAAAUAGUCGACGUUUCAGGCUGAGACACUUUUUUCAGGACUGAAAAGGAAGGGGGAAGAUGCCAGAAUAAAAGGAAUAUUUUUAAAAAUGGCAGUCUGUCACUAUUGGGGUAGCACAGAGAUGUGUGCUGGACAGCAACUAGCUACAAUUUGUCAAUGACUUAGAGGAAGGAAAUAAAUGUCCAGGAGCUAGCUUUGGUGAUGUCACAAAAGUAGGCGGGGAAGAUGGAAACAAUGUACAGAGAGAUAUUGACAGGUUAAGUGAGUUGGCUUCUUUAAGGAAGAUUCUAUUUUAUUGGAAACGGUUCAGAGAAGGUUCAAUGGGGAUGAUCUCAGAUAAGGAGAGGUUGUUUCACAGAGAAAAAUUAAGCAGAUUGGGAUUCGAUUCACUGGAAAUUUGAAGACUGAGAGAUAUCUUGGAAUGAAAGAUACUGAAACAAAAGGUGCUUGGUGAACUAUAAAGGGUAAACAUGAGAAAUUUUGCAGACGCUGGAAAUCCAAAGCAACACACAAAAUGCUGGUGGAUUGGAGAGGAGAGUGGACCAUAGGAGAAAGGAAAGGUGGAGGGGACCCAGGGCAAGGUGAUAGGCAGGUGAGAAGAGGUAGGAGGCCAGAGUGGGAAAUAGAAGAAGAGAGACCAAAGACAUCAAAGUACAGUUGCAAGAAAAAGUUAGUGAACCCUUUGCAAUUACCUGGUUUUCUGAAUAAACUCUUCUUGGGCUUCCAGCCGGGUACAGAUAUCGAUUGGAUAAAACCAAUACCUGUACCCAGCUGGAAGCCCGAGAAGAGUUUAUUCAUCAUACGCCAAGAAAACACUAAAUCCCUUUUCACCUGGUUUUCUGCAUUCAUUACUCAUAAAAUGUGUUCUGAUCUUCAUCUAAGUCACAAUAAUAGACAAACACAAUUAGCCUAAACUAAUAACAUACAAUUAUACUUGUCUUUAUUGAACAUAUUAUUUAAUCUUUCACAGUCCAGGCUGAUAAAAGUAAAAGAACCCUUGUAUUUAAUUACUGCUAGAGUUUUCGUUAGCAGCAAUAACCUCCACAAAACUGUUUCAGUUCAUCAAUAUUUCUGGGAUACCUUGCAUGACAGCCCUCUUCGGGUCAAGCCACAGCAUCUCAAUUGGGUUAAGGUCAGGACUCUGAUUUGUCCAUUACAAAACACAAAUUUUCAUCUUUUUAAACCAUUCGGUUGUUGAUUUACUCUUGUGUUUCAGAUCAUUCUUGUUGGAUCAUCCAACUUCUAUUAAGAUUCAGGUGAUGGACCACUACCCUGACAUUAUCCUGUAAAAUGUCUUGAUACAAUUUUGAAUUCAUUGUUCUCUCAACAAUUGCAAAGCAGCUCCAAACCAUGAAGCUCCUUCCACAAUGCUUUACAGUUGGGUUGAGGUUUUAGUGUUGGUGUGCACUGCCCUUUUCCCUCCAAACAUAGCAGUGCGCAUUUCUGCCAUAAAGUUCAAUUUUUGUCUCAUCUGUCCAUAGAACAUUGUCCCAGAAGCGUUGUGGAACAUUGCAAACUUGAGACAUGCAGCAAUGUAUUUUUUUGGAGAGCUGUGGUUUCCUCCAUGGUGUCCUCCCAUGAACACCAUUGUUCCUCAGUGUUUUUCUUACAGUGGACACACGAACAGAGACUUUAGCAAGUUUCUAAGACUUCUGUUAUCCUUGGAUUCUUUUUCACCUCCUUCAGCAUUGCUGUUGGUGUGAUCUUUACAGGACGCCCACUCCUAGGGAGAGCAGCAACAGUACUGAAUUUACUCCAUUUGUAGACAAUUUCUCUUGCUGUGGACUGAUGAACAUUCAGGGCUUUAGAAAUGCUUUUGUAGCCUUUUCCAGCUUCAUGCACCUCUACAAUUCUUGUACGGUCCUCUGAAGGUUGUUUUGAUCGAGGCAUGGUGCACAUAGAUCUUUCUUGAGAAGAGCAGGUCUGUCAGUAACCUGACUUCGUGUGUCUUUUUUUAUAGGGCAGGGCACCUUUAUAACCCACACGUCCAAUCUCAUCCCAUUGAUUGAAACACCUGACUCCAAAUAGCUUUUGUAGAAGGCAUUACUCGAGAGAUUCACAUACAUUUUUGAACCUCGACUCUGAUUGUUUAAAUAGUGUACUCAGCAUUGACAAGAAGAAGUACAACUGUUUGUGUGCCAUUAGUUUAGGCAGAUUGUGUUUGUCUAUUAUUGUGACUUAGAUGAAGUUCAGACCACAUUUUAUGAGUAAUUAAUGCAGAAAACCAGGUAAUUGCAAGGGGUUUACAAACUUUUUCUUGCAACUGUAAGAAUAAUUAUUAAAACAAACAGCUGGAGAAAGAGCAGUUACACCUUUGGAGAGAAAAGUAUCCAAGAUAUUGAAAAAUGAUCUAGUGUUUUCCCAGCAUAUAUGAUCAAUAAACUCAUCUUGGGCUUCCAGCCAGGUACAGGUAUCGAAUAUAACUGACAUUUCGAUGACAAAACUCCGCCAUCUUCAUCAGGGAUGAUGCCUGGGCAUAUCUAGCGAAGUCCGUCCCUCCUGAUUGGUUAGUCCUCGUCCAAUCAGGUUUCCGCUCUCCCACGUUGUUUAUAAUUGAAUUCUAGUUCUUAGAGAGAGACCUUCGUCUUCUGUUAAAAUUCUUUUCCUCUAGUUUUAUUUCGAUGGCUUCCUUUACCAUGUGGUCCCAAAAGCCAUUGGUGCAGUAUAGUAGUUUUGUGCCGUCGAAGUCAAUCCUAUGGCCAUUGCAAAUGUAAUGUUCUGCUACCGCUGAUUUCUCCGGGUAACCCAAACGGAUACAUCUCCUGUGCUUCUUGAGCUCCUGAUGGGGGUUUCAUUUGAGGAGAGGGUUCUAUGUUCAUUGUCCUUGCUCCCCAAAUGCUUCUUCAGAUAUGUCGAUGACACCUUUGCAGUGUGGCAUCAUGGACUCCAGGCACUCUAUAACAGUUCCACGACUAUCUGAA